GUCUCUGGCGCCCGGCCGCACCUCGUGCUCACCGGCGCGGACGACGGCCUGCUGCUCGGCUGGGAUCUGCGCGCGCCCGCGGACGCGCCGCCCGCGCUCUCGAACCGCAGGUCGCACGAGGCCGGAGUGACGGCGAUCGCCGCCGACCCCCUCGACCCGAGCAGGGUGGCCACAGGCAGCUACGACGAGCGCGUGCGCGUCUUCGACCUGCGGUCGCUCGCGGGGGCGCCGCUGUGCGAGAGCGCGCGGCUGGGCGAUGGUGCGUACCACCUGGCGUGGCACCCGAGCUGGGAGGCGUGGGCAGUCCAGGAUCUCGGGGCUCCGCCACUUCCUGCAGGGCGUGCUGGCGGUGGCCGCCAUGCGCUCCGGGCUGCCCAUCCUCCACGUCGGGGCGGCCUCGGCACGGGAGAGCGCCCGGUACGCCGCGGACGCGAAGGAGGGCGAGCACGGAUCGUUGGCCUACGGCGUGUGCUGGAGGUCGUGCGGCACGGACGGCAAGUGGCUGGCCGCGUCCGCCUCCUUCUACGACCGCAGCGUCCACGUGUGGUCCGUGCCGCUCGCAGAGCCGGGCGCCCUGGAGGGCGACCCCACGUGA